GUCAUCGUUGGCAUAUAUUCAUGUGUUGAGCCCCGUGUGGAGGGUAGCAGCGAUAGAGAGGUCCAGGAAGGGGAGUCAAAUGACUCCCUGAGAGAAAUUUGGGGCGAGCGGCCGUUCAUCAGUGCCGGUGGUUACAAUCGCGAACUUGCUUUCAAAGUCGCUGAGACGAAGGGUGACUUAAUCGCUGCCGGCAGGCUAUUCAUCUCGAACCCUGACUUGCCGGUACGAUGGCAGAAGGAUAUUCCCGUCGACAAGGGUGAUCGUUCGACAUACUACAACGUCGAAAGCCCGCAGGGAUAUACCGACUACCCCUUCGCUGAUGGUUCGGUUGCUCCAGAGCGGUUCCAGAAGCUCCCUAACUGA